AUGGAACCAGUCGGCCCUACCACAGUUGCCAAUGGCAAAUCCAUCUCCUCUUUUGAUCAAUCACCUGAAAUCUUAGAGCAGUCACAGUCAUUGAGCUCUCAAGGUCACAUCCUGAAUGCGUUAGUUCACCCGGAAGCCCAAUCCACAGACCCGGCUCUCGCCAAUCGAUUCAAUGGCAAUUUUAUCAUAAAGUCCUCUGGAGACGACGUGGAAAGAUCUACCGAGUUCUUUGACGACAAGGAGGGCCAAGAUAGUACCGUGACAACUGCUGCCAAUAGUAUAUACGUCGCCAAGAGAGAGUCAGAAGAGCCUCCUUAUCAUGUCUUCUCUAUGACAAAGAAAAGACAGCUUGUAUAUUUAGUAUCCCUUGCAGGCUUGUUCUCGCCGCUGUCAAGUAACAUUUAUUUUCCAGCCCUAAAAGAAAUUUCUACGGAUCUCAAUGUUUCUCUUUCACUAGUCAGUCUUACUGUGACAGUCUAUAUGAUUGUUCAGGGGCUUGCUCCAUCAUUCUGGGGACCAAUAAGUGACGCAAAAGGAAGAAGAAUUACUUUUAUGGGUACAUUCAUUGUAUAUCUUGCUUCGAAUAUCGGUCUUGCCUUGAGUAAAAACUUCGCGACCCUCAUGAUCUGCCGUGCAAUACAAGCUGCUGGGAGUGCUGCAACAAUCGCAGUUGGGGCUGGAGUAAUUGGAGAUAUCACAACUCCUAAAGAACGAGGUGGUCUUAUCGGUAUAUUCGGUGGUAUCCGGAUGUUGGGGCAAUCUAUCGGUCCAGUAUUUGGUGGUAUUAUAACUCAAUACCUUGGUUUCCGCGCAAUUUUCUGGGUUCUUCUUGGCUUGGGUUCGCUAGCUCUUCUCUUAAUAGUCGCGUUUCUUCCAGAAACCCUUCGAAGUCUGGCAGGAAACGGUUCCAUACCUCUCAAAGGUGUUCAUCGACCUCUAUUCUACAGUUCACCAUCUACAGAACAAUCCGAACAAGAACUUCCUCCAAACAAAGGUAUCACAGUUUCCUCGGUCAUCGCUCCUCUCAAAUUUCUCCUCGAAAAGGACGUUUUCGUCACCCUUUCUUUCGGUGCCAUUAUCUACACCGUCUGGUCCAUGGUAACUUCCAGUACCACCGCCCUAUUCUCAGAGCACUUUAAACUCUCCAACCUGGAACUCGGCCUGAUCUUCCUACCAAACGGCUUCGGCUGUAUUAGCGGUUCCUACCUCACAGGCUAUCUUAUGGACUACGACUACAAUGUCGUUGAAUCCCGUUAUCGCCAACAACACAAUAUUCCUGCAGACGUUCCUAUUAAGGCGGGUGAACUUUUAGAUUUCCCAAUUGAAGUCGCAAGAAUGAGGAACAUCUGGUGGAUCGUCCUCAUUUUCGUCAUCACCACGGCUCUUUACGGGUACUCAUUGAACCUCGAAAUCAUGGCUCUCCCACUGGUCUUACAAUUCUUUAUCGCAUACACAGCUACCGCAGUUUUCUCUCUCAACAGCGCCUUGAUCAUUGAUCUAUAUCCAGGCAAAUCGGCAAGCGCUACAGCGGUGAACAAUCUAAUUAGAUGCUUAUUGGGAGCAGCGGGUGUGGCCGUUGUGCAGCUGAUAAUUGAUGUGUUGGGCUCCGGAGUAACAUUUAUAAUGUUCGCUGGAAUAACCUUAGCGUUCAGUCCCCUGUUGAUGGUAGAGUGGUAUCAUGGAGGAAGAUGGAAGAUGGAGAGAGCCGAAAAAGUGAACAAAAAGGCAGAGGCGAAGCGCGCAAGAGACCUAGAGGGGUAA